AUGGGUUGUGGUAUGAGCACCGAAGAUAAGGAGGGCAAGCAGAGAAACGAGGAGAUUGAGAACCAAUUGAAGAAGGACCGCAUGUUGCAGAGAAAUGAGAUCAAGAUGCUGUUGCUCGGUGCUGGUGAAUCCGGAAAGUCGACCAUCCUGAAACAGAUGAAGCUUAUCCACGAGGGUGGCUACUCCCGCGAUGAGAGAGAGUCCUUCAAGGAGAUCAUCUUCAGUAACACUGUGCAAUCCAUGCGCGUCAUCCUCGAGGCCAUGGAGUCGCUGGAACUCCCCCUCGACGACCAGAGAGCCGAAUACCACGUCCAGACCAUCUUCAUGCAACCCGCACAGAUCGAAGGCGACAACCUGCCCCCAGAGGUCGGCAACGCCAUCUCGGUCCUCUGGAAGGACCCCGGUGUCCAGGCCUGCUUCCAGCGCUCAAGAGAAUACCAACUCAACGACUCUGCCAAAUACUACUUUGACUCGAUAGACCGCAUUGCCCAGCCUGACUACAUCCCCAACGACCAGGAUGUCCUCCGUUCUCGUGUCAAGACCACCGGUAUUACCGAGACUACGUUCAUCAUCGGCGACCUUACAUACCGCAUGUUCGAUGUCGGUGGUCAGCGUUCAGAGCGUAAGAAGUGGAUCCAUUGCUUCGAGAACGUCACAACCAUACUCUUCCUUGUCGCCAUCUCAGAAUACGAUCAGCUUCUCUUCGAGGAUGAGACCGUCAACCGUAUGCAAGAAGCCUUGACUCUGUUCGACAGCAUUUGCAACUCAAGGUGGUUCGUCAAGACUUCUAUCAUCCUCUUCCUCAACAAGAUCGAUAGAUUCAAGGAGAAGCUGCCCGUCAGCCCCAUGAAGAACUACUUCCCUGACUACGAAGGAGGUGCCGACUACGCCGCUGCUUGCGACUACAUUCUGAACCGCUUCGUCAGCUUGAACCAGCACGAGACCAAGCAGAUCUACACACAUUUCACCUGUGCCACAGACACUAUGCAAAUCAGAUUCGUCAUGGCUGCUGUCAACGAUAUCAUCAUCCAAGAGAACCUCAGAUUGGCCGGUCUUAUCUAA